AUGCCCCGCCCCGGACACCCCCGCCCAUCAUCUGGGCCCCCACGCUUGGGACCGUGGGAGCAGCCAGCGGAUCUAUGCCUGGAGACCUACGAUGAGCCAUCCCGGGCCCCACCGAGCCGCCGCACCCGCAGGCCAGACCCCAAGGACCCCGGGCACCACGGGCCCGAGAGCCUUACCUUCAUCUCUGGCUCUGCCGAGCAGACUCCCGAGCCCCCUGCCUGCUGCCUGCUCUGGCGACCCUGGGUGUGGGACUGGUGCCGGGCGGCCUUCUGCUUCCGCCGCUGCCGGGACUGCCUCCAGCGCUGCGGGGCCUGUGCGCGGGGCUGCAGCCCCUGCUUGUCCUCGGGGGACUCCCCUGAAGGCGCCGCCGAAGCCAGCUGGGUCAAGGAACACAACGGCGUGCCCCCCAGCCCUGACCAUGCGCCUCCCAGCCGGCGGGAUGGCCAGCGGCUCAAGUCGGCCAUGGGGAGCAGCUUCAGCUACCCCGACGUCAAGCUCAAAGGCAUCCCAGUGUACCCCUACCGCAGCGCCACCUCCCCCGCCCCCGACGCGGACUCCUGCUGCAAGGAGCCGCUGGCUGACCCCCCGCCCAUGCGGCACAGCCUGCCCAGCACCCUCGCCAGCAGUCCCCGGGGCUCCGAGGAGUACUACUCCUUCCACGAGUCGGACCUGGACCUGCCCGAGAUAGGCAGUGGCUCCAUGUCCAGCCGAGAGAUCGACGUGCUCAUCUUCAAGAAGCUGACAGAGCUGUUCAGCGUACACCAGAUCGACGAGCUGGCCAAGUGCACCUCAGACACUGUGUUCCUGGAGAAGACCAGUAAGAUCUCGGACCUUAUCAGCAGCAUCACCCAGGACUACCACCUGGAUGAGCAGGACGCUGAGGGCCGCCUAGUGCGCGGCAUCAUUCGCAUCAGUACCCGCAAGAGCCGCGCCCGCCCGCAGACGGCAGAGGGGCGCUUAAGCCGGGCGGCCGCCCCAGCUGCCACCGCCCCAGACAGCGGCCACGAGACCAUGGUGGGCUCAGGGCUCAGCCAGGACGAACUCACAGUGCAGAUCUCCCAGGAGACAACCGCAGAUGCCAUUGCCAGGAAGCUGAGACCCUAUGGAGCCCCAGGAUACCCUGCCAGCCACGACUCAUCCUUCCAGGGCACCGACACAGACUCUUCAGGAGCACCGCUGCUCCAGGUGACCUGCUAA